AUGCCGCGUAAACCUAGACGCAAUGUGCCGGAGAUUCUAUGGAGGUUAUUCGGAAAGAAAGCAAGGAAUUUAAAAGACACAAUAGUAGAUCUGAUUCCUGAUCGGAAUAUCCAGCCGGAGAAAUGUCGGUGCCGGAGCAAAGGUUGCCUCCGAUGCAGCCGCGAUAAACCGUCGUUUCUGUUGCGUCCCGAUGAUCCCAGUCACUACCGUAAACUUGUUCACAGAUGCUUCGUCGUACUUCACGAACAGACUCCUCCGCUUCUGGAUUUUUCGCCAGCAUCUUGGUGGUCACAGAGAGAGAUUCUUGAAAGGAUUAUUGAAAUUAUGAAAUCUGGACGUGGUUGUCAAAAUGUGAUAUGUGCCAGAUAUGACAAGUAUGAUCAGUCGAGUCCUAUGCUGGAGUUAUUGACAAGUUCGUCUUGGGAGUUUCUUCUCAACCGGGUCGGUCAUGAUUUGAUGGUUUAUCUUCUACAGCACACAUCAAUAUUCUUACCAUGGCUAGGAAAGAAACACCAGCAAGUGUCUGGACCUCCUCUAGAUAUCAAUCAAAAGGAGACAUUGUCAGUCCACGAAAACAAAAGAAAGAGGAAUGACAAUGUGCUGCCAUCAGAGAAAAGGCAGCGGCUUUCUUCAGCUGUCAAUGACUGUCCUAAGGAUAACUCUGCAGCUGUUACGUCCAUAGUUCCUAUGGAAGUAGGCCAACGUAGAGGGGAAAAACCUAGCAAGCGUUCAAGAUUGUACCUUAAGCGCCGGCGAAAGCAGAGACAGGUCAAUUUCCAAAAAGUUGACAAUGUUGCACCUUGUAUAACUUCUUGUACAAAUGGUAAAGCCUCAACUAAGAACGGAGCUGAUGAAAGGAAUCGUCACAUCAGUAUAAAUGGAAGUCUCACUGAAUUUCCAAAGCAGGUAAACAGAAAGCAACAUUUCAAGUUCAAAUACUCAGAAACGUCUUCAAUUAUACCACCAAAGCACAUAUUAAGAACCUCAAGGGCCAACUGCUCUGAUUCAAGGCUCCUAAUGAACCAUAUAUUUGGUGAAGUAAAUGCUUGGUCAACAGCUCCAUCUCAUGGCAAAGGCAAUUGUCCCAGUGGAUCUAUAUGCUUAUACCAUUCAUUGCUCAAGUCUUUUAAAAGUCUACUAGGAAAAACAAAGUCCUCACAUUUGAAAACGUUACUAGAUAAACACUGUCCUGUUCGCUUGCUACAAGAGGAUGCAUUGAAGUCCGCAAAUGUGACUUCCCAGAGUUCCUUGGAUCUACAUCAUGGAUCAAGUUCAGAAGGCAAAACCAAAUGUCCUAGUGUUGAAGAAACGAGGCUGUAUUGCACGAAUAACCAAGUAGUUUCCUUUAUUUGGGCCAUCUGUAAGUACAUCAUUCCAGAAAGUUUGCUUGGGACCACUCAUCAGAUGAGGGUUCUUAGGAGAAACAUAGCCUGGUUUAUUUCUAGGCGAAGAAAUGAGAAAUGCACAGUGAAGCAAUUUUUGCAUAGAGUGAAACCAUCAGAUUUCCCAUUCUUCGCCAAAAAACAGUUAUGCUGUAUGGCCAAAGGACAUGGACUCCAAAAUGAGUCAAUGAGAAGUACACAACAGAUGCUAUGCACGAAAUGGAUUUCUUGGAUUUUCUUAGAGAUUGUCAGGAAAUUGGUGCUCUUCAACUUCUAUGUCACCGAAAGCCAAGAAGGGCGGCUAAACGUUUUUUACUACCGAAAAUGCAACUGGGAACGGUUAAUAAGCAAAGAAAUCAGCAAAAUUCUUGAUGGAUAUGUCCAAGUGGACAAUGCUGAAGCUGAAAGUAGAAGGAGAAAAAUGGCGUUAUCGAAGUUUAGACUUUUACCAAAAGCAAAUGGUGUAAGGAUGGUGUUAGAUUUUAGUUCCUCGUCAAGGUUGCAAUCUCUGCGUGAUACACAUGCUGUAUUGAAGGACAUUCAGCUCAAAGAACCAGAGGUCCUUGGGUCCUCUGUCUUUGACCAUGAUGAUUUCUACAGAAAUCUAGGCAGAUAUCUGAUCCACUUGAGGAGUCAAUCUAGAGAAGUUCCUCCUUUGUUCUUUGUGGUUGCAGAUGUGUUCAAAGCAUUUGAUUCAAUCGACCAGAGUAAGCUGCUUCGUGUCAUGCAAUGUAUCCUGAAAGAUGAAUAUAUCUUAAACAGAUGUAGGUUGGUCUGCUGUGGAAAGAGAUCACGUUGGGUAAACAACGUACUAGUCUCGAGUGAUAAAAAUGCUACCUUUUCAAGAUUCACAUCAACUGUUCCAUAUAAUGCUCUGCAAAGUAUCAUAGUUGAUCAGGGAGAAAACCAUGUAUUAAGGAAAAAGGAUGUGAUGCAUUGGAUAGAAAAUAUGCUAAAGAACAACAUGCUGCAGUUGGAUAAAAGCUUCUAUGUAAAAAUAGCUGGGAUACCUCAGGGACACAGGUUAUCACCUUUGUUAUGUUGUUUCUACUACGGGCAUCUUGAGAGGACUUUGAUCUAUCCAUUCCUCGAGAAAGCCUCUAGAGAUGCAUCAGCUAAAGAAUGCAAUAGAGAGAAAGAGCAAAUUACUCCCCCGAGCUAUAAGUUACUGAGAUUUACCGAUGACUACCUCUUUGUCUCUACUUCGAAAGAUCAGGCAGCUAGCUUCUAUCACAGGUUGAAGCAUGGAUUUCCAGAUUACAAGUGCUUCAUGAACGAAAAGAAAUUUUGCAUAAAUUUCGAAGAUGAAGGAGAGUCUAGGUGUUCUUCUAACAAGAUGUAUGUGGGUGAUAAUGGAGUUCCUUUCAUCAGAUGGACGGGUUUGCUUAUUAAUUCCCGCACAUUCGAAAUUCAAGUUGACUACACAAGGUACUUGAGUGGCCAUAUAAGCUCAACCUUUUCAGUAGCCUGGCAGAACAAACCAGUUAAAAACCUUGGGAGAAAAAUGUGUUACUUCUUGGUUCCCAAAUGCCAUCCCGUUCUCUUCGACUCGAACAUCAACUCUGGAGAAAUUGUCAGGUUAAACAUCUAUCAGAUCUUUUUGUUAGCUGCAAUGAAGUUUCACUGUUAUGUCUACGAAUUGUCCCGGUUUUGGAAGCUUCAUCCUCAAACGUUGUCCAAAUUUAUCACAAGAUCUAUCAGGUACAUGUUCAGACACAUGACUCGAAGGAUGAACAAAAUCAACACUGGUUCUAGUUUCAGACCAGUUCUUAAAGUGAACAAAGAAGAAGUGACAUGGCUUGGAUUACACGCUUUUAUUCAAGUUCUGAAGAAGAAAAACUCACGAUAUCGAACACUCUUGAUCUCUUUGAAAUCUGCAUUUUCGAAACACAAUCUUUCUCAUCUAUCACCGGAAUUGUACUAUGCAACGGAUCGGUCAAACUCUUCUUCGCUGUGGAAAUUGAAGUACUGA